CAGCAUGCGCUUCGGCGGCGGCGGCGGCAGCAGCGGCGGCAGCAGCUUCCGCAGCAGCGGCGGCGGCGGCAGCAGCUUCAGCAUAAAGCGCAGCGGCGGCAGCGGCAGCUUCAUGAGCAGCAGCAGCGGCGGCGGGUUCAGCGGCGGGAUGCAACAAAGGAGAGCUCUAAGCCAAUACUCACUGGGGUCUGGCAGGCAAAUGUCCCAAGCGCAUCGUGGAGUGGGACAACAGACCUGCAUUGAUCUCAACGCAUCCAUACCAGCAAACGACACCACCCAGCAAGUAGUCCGGGUGAACGAGACGAGACAGAUCACUUCACUCAACAACCAGUUUGCCGAUUUCAUAGGCACAGUUCGCUCACUCGAAGAGAGAAAUACUCAACUGACAGUCCAACUGAACCUCAUGCAGCAGCAGGGAACUUUCUCGUCCAACAUCGAUAGCAUGUUCCAAGCCUACAUUGAAAACCUCAAGAAGCAACUGGAAGCCCUUGGGCAGGAGAAGCUGAAGUUCGAGAUGGAACUUGUGCAAAUGCAAGGUUUAGUUGAGGACUUUAAGACCAAAUACGAAGAUGAGAUUAACAAGCGGACAGAAGUGGAAAACGAGUUUGUCAUGGUUAAGAAGGAUGUCGAUGAAUCCUAUAUGAACAAGGUGGAACUGGAAGCGAAACUAGAAAGCUUGACGGAUGAAAUGGAAUUCCUCAAGGCAAUAUUUCAAGCGGAAAUCGAUGAGCUGCAAACACAGGUUCAGAACACUUGUGUCAACGUGCAGAUCGGCGCCCGUAGACAAAUGAAUAUGCAGGGUAUGAUUGAGGAUAUCCAGAACCAAUACAAAGGUAUUGCAGAAAAGAACCGCGCGGAAUGUGAGGCGUGGAAAACGGCGAAGAUGCACGAGAUGAGCACAUCUGGAGGAACUGGAGAUGAAAUGCGAUCAAUCAAAUUAGAGUGUAAUGAUCUGAUGAGUAAUAUCCGUAGACUAACUAUGGAUAUUGAAAAUCUUAAAAAACAGCGUGCAGCACUCGAGGCCGCGUGCACAGAAGCAGAGGAACGUGGCGAACUCUCUCUCAAAGACAGUAAAUUGAGGAUUCAGCAACUGCAGGAAGCCAUCCAGAAAGCAAAGAACGAGCUAACCAUACGAGCCCGUGAAAUGGAGGAGCUGCUGAGUGUCAAGUUGGCCCUGGACAUUGAAAUUGCCACCUACAGGAAGCUACUGGAGGGAGAGGAACAGAGGUUGACCGAAGGGAUACAAACUAUCAGCAUCCAACAAAGCACGCAGAGUGAUGCAUUUAAUAAACAGAGUUCCGGCAUCAGUCAAUUUCUAGGCUCGAUGGAAAGCAGUUCCUUCGGUGGUGGACAGUCCAGCAGUGGUGGACAGUCCUUCGGUGGUGGACAGUCCUUCAGCAGUGGACAGUCCUUCAGUGGUGGACAGUCCUUCAGCAGUGGACAGAGACAAACCACGAAUUUUCAGAGUUAAAUAACCCAGGAGUUAAAUAACCAGUUACGUUUCUGGUGGCUACCUUGCCAGAUGCUAUACUUCCUCCAUGUAGUCUGUUCAAUGAAAUGAUUAAAUGGUUUCAAUUAACCUUCUGCGUGAUCUUAGAAUUCUGCUCAAUUUACAUAGUUAAGCAAAAUGACAUUAACCUCAAUCUUAACCUGUAUACAGAGGAUAUUAAAUUGGUUUUGUAGCUUGGGUUUGUGGGAAAUUCAUCCUUUUAUAACAGGAAAUUAACCAAUGGUUUGGAUACUACACUCUGCUUUAUAAUUCUCACUCAUUUUGUAUUGGGGACUUACCUUGUUCGGCAAUUCUGUUACUCUAUAAAUAAACUUUGAAAUAUUUGAAUCUGUAAA